AUGGCUGUCGGAAAGAAUAAGCGUCUCUCUAAGGGCAAGAAGGGUUUGAAGAAGAAGACCUUGGAUCCCUUCACCCGUAAAGAUUGGUACCAGAUCAAGGCACCAUCUUCAUUCCAAAUCAGAGAUGUCGGAAAGACCCUCGUCAACAGAACCACCGGUCUCAAGAACGCCAACGACUCGUUGAAAGGAAGAAUUAUCGAGGUUUCUUUGGCCGAUUUGCAAAAGGAUGAGGACCACGCUUUCCGCAAGGUUAAGCUCCGUGUCGAUGAGGUUCAAGGAAAGAACUGCUUGACCAACUUCCACGGUCUCGACUUCACAUCAGACAAGCUCAGAUCUCUUGUCCGAAAGUGGCAAUCCUUGAUCGAGGCAAACAUCACUGUCAAGACCACCGACGACUACCUCCUCCGCCUCUUCGCUAUCGCUUUCACCAAGCGCAGACCUAACCAGAUCAAGAAGACCACAUACGCUGCUUCUUCUCAAAUCAGGGCGAUCCGCAAGAAGAUGACCGAGAUCAUUCAACGUGAGGCUAGCACCUGCACUCUCACUCAACUCACCGCCAAGCUCAUCCCAGAGGUUAUCGGUCGUGAGAUUGAGAAGGCUACCCAAGGCAUCUACCCAUUACAAAACGUUCACAUUAGAAAAGUCAAGCUUUUGAAGGCACCUAAGUUCGACCUUGGUGCUCUCCUCAACCUCCACGGCGAGUCAAACACAGAUGAGCAAGGGCAAAAGGUUGAGAGGGAAUUCAAGGAGAAGGUGUUGGAGCAAGUUUAA